AGUUGUGCGCUGGUUGUGUUCACGGGGUGUGUGAGUGUUGCUGCUGCUGCAGCUGUCAGUGUCCUUCAUACUGCUGUAAACUGAAUAUGGUGUUUGUGGAUACUUUCUUAAUUAACUGCUGCUUUAUUCUGUAGAGAUGGUGUAAACUGCGUCCUAAGAAAUCUUGAUAUAUCUACUGUUUUCACUGACUAAGUAAGAUGGCACAUGAAAAGGAGCUGAAAAUCAUCCAUAUCAAUCCAGAUUUCCUUUCAUCUAGAAAACAAACCAAGCCAAAGGUUCAUGUCAACCCAGCUUUUUUGCACAAGUCUGAACAACCCCAGACUAAGGGAGAGCUUUUGAAAAAUGUAACUCCCCAACUGGUACCUACUGGAGAUGAACAGAAAUUGUAUCCCACCAAAGAGAAUGUGAAACAGGAGCUUUCAAAGCCUGAUUUUUCUAAAUGCACAAAGCCCCUUUUUCCUCAAAGCAAUUCACUGUCCUUGACACAACACUCCUAUGGAUUAAGCUCUAAGAGAUCUCAUAGCCAUUCACCAUUGAUAAAGGGAAAUGCACAUGCACAUUUGGCAAAUAAAUAUCCAAGUCAGUUACUUUUAAGUAAUACAAAUUCAGAAUCUAUCUCGGGAAACACUAUUUGCCAGACAUACAAUAAAGUCAGUGGUAUCUCUGGCAGUGGAAUCAAACCAAAGUGUUUUUUAACAACAGAUGCAAAGAAGAAAAUGACACAAACUUCUGUUUACUCCUGGAGAGCAGUUGGUGCCAAAGUUCCAUCACAAAAUGUAAGCUUGAUAUAUCAGUCAGUAAAUAAGGUACAUCAUACUCCAAUCUCUACUCAUAACUCUUCAUCUUGUAAAUUUCAUAGAGGCUCCAUUCAACCAUUAACAUCUGGUAUGUCCUUUGUAGACAAAGGUAAGCAGAGUGUAUCUUUCAAUAAAAUAAAUAAAUAUUCACCACAUCAGAAUGGGUAUAAUUAUGAAGCUUAUAUGCAGCAAGCUUCCAUUAAAUCUGAUGGGGUAACAAACUUUGGUAAUUUAAAUAUUAAAAAGUCAUCAAUUUCAGAAAAAGAAGUGACAGGUGAUUGUAAAGGUUCAGAAGUCCCCAUCAGUAUAAACAAGUCCCAUGUAUUUGCAGAGGAAAAUGAAAGUUUACAUAAGUUUGUGAGUGCAGAAAGAGUUCUCUCGCAUUGUUCUAGAAAUUCAAACAUACUUAUAAACCCAAAACUUUUAAAAUAUUUAUCCAGUAAUAGUGACCAAGACAAAAAGUCACCAGCUGUACCAAAGCCAAAGUUGAAACCACUGGCAUCAUGUGUAAUGUCAAACACUGGCCAAAUUACAUCAUGCCCACUCAGUGCCAUAAAUAAAAAUUCUAUAGCUGCUGCUGAUGCUUCUAAGAAAAGUGGAAAAUAUAAAGUAAUCUCCAAAACAAAACUUGUACGACAGAGCUCUGGUAAACUUUCCAGCCAAGCUGCAUCAUCUGCUGUUCACCCAAGAAAUACUACAUCAAAGGUAACUUCUGAGACACUCAAAAGAAAUAGUAAAUAUAAAAUUAUCUCUAAAACAAAGCUUGUUCGACGACUCUCGAGUAGCUCGUUUAGAGAUGAAACAAGACAAGCUGCUGCAAAGGCAACAUCAUCUGAGAACAGUACUGUAAGUUUGCCUGUGUGCUCACCCAAGAGUACAGUUAUUUCUGCCCCUUUCAAGUCUAUGACAAGAACUCGCAGAAAUUCGGUAGGUACGAGGGCACACCCCAAGAGACGUUACUCAACCACGUCACGUACAAAAUUAUAUAGACGCCUUUCUAGUUCAAGCAGUUCAAAUGGAGAUGGAAUAUCAGGGAAACCAAAGUAUUCUAUAAAGACAAAGACUAAACUUGUGAGGAGAUAUUCUGGAAGUGGUACCAAUGAUUCAUCAUUUACUAAUAAGGAAGAAGGAAAGACAAACAUUAAAUCAAAUUUAGAAAGAAAGAAAAAAUUCUCAAUUAUAUCUAAGACUAAGCUGGUGAGAAGAUCAGAUUCAGGAAUGAAUAAAACAAAAAUUGUAAAAGAUUCAGUUACACCUGUUUACGGUUAUCCACACACAGGAACACUUGUAAGACGCCACAAACUGGUGCGUAACGUGGCAGUGUUAUCAGGAAAGGCAGCUAAGGAUUCAAAUGCAAAAAGUAUAAAGACUGUAUACAAGAUUGUGAACAGUAAUGCAAAGAUUUCAUCCAAGCAGAAGGCUGCUAGAGGUAUUAUCUCCAAGUAUAAGAUAAAUCACUUAAAAUCAGAUUCUGCCGAUGUUUUAAGGAAGAGAGAUUUUAGAAGCUUUAGCCCUGCUAUGAAGUCAGUGUUUUCACAUGCAUCAAGCAAAGAUGCUGUCAAGCAUUCUGAUCGGAUCAUCAACAUUGGAGGAAUUUUGUAUAAAUCAACAAAAACUUCACUUACAAAACAGCUAUCAAAGACACUACAGAAGAGCAGUGCAAAAUCUUCAAGUACUGGAUGCAUUGUUUGGCUUCGAGGUGAUCAGUUCCAUUUAAGUGCUGGAGGAAGGAGCUUGAAACGAAUUACAAAAGGAUCAGAGCCCUUAGAUUCAAAUCAUAGUCUUUCGAGAGUUCACAUUGGUGGUCUCACAUAUUCACUCACUAAAGCUGGACAGUAUGAACUAACAAAGAUCCACCAAGCCAGGGCUGUUUUAAGCUCAGCAAAGCAUCGCAGUAUGACAACACUAGCACAGAGGAAGAAAAGAGGUAGUAUGCAGAAACGCAAUGAGCAUUGCAUCUUCUUCAACCGAUUUGGACGGUGCACCAAAAAGGACAGAGGAGACUGCCCAUAUAUUCAUGAUCUUAAGAGAGUUGCUGUAUGUACUAGGUUCCUAAAAGGAAGAUGCCCUGUGAGAAACUGCCCAUUCUCACAUACUGUAGAUCCAGAUAAGAUGCCCGUUUGCUCACAUUUUGUGAGGUCUACAUGUACACGAGAUGGUUGCCCAUAUCGCCAUGUUAGAGUUAACCCGUCUGCACCAUUGUGCUUAGACUUUCUUAAAGGACGUUGUCUUUCAGGAGAGGAGUGUAAGAAGCAGCAUAUUUUGGUAUGUGAUGAGUUUAGCAGAACAGGUAAGUGUCCAAGAGGUGUUUCUUGUCCCCUUUCUCAUCAUAGGGGACGAGGCAAGAAAAGGAAAUCUGUUUCCUUGGAACCUCCCAUUGGAGAAAAUGACAAACAAUCUGUUUCUGAGCAACGAAAAAGAAAAUUAAGCGAGAGUAGAGAUGUACUGGGAGGACCAAAAGUAAAAAAGAGAAUUGUAAGUAAAUCAAGAGAAAAUGAAGUUAAAGCUGUCAAGCAAAGAUAUUUUCAAGCAAUGUCAUUAGAAAAUGAAGAUAAAGUAGAACAAGAAAAAGUAGUAGAGUUGAAUCAGGAUUAUUCAGAAAAAACAAAGAAUAAAAGAGAGGAAAUGAUACUGAAUAAUAGUAAGAAUGAGGAAGCACUCACUAGUAAACAGUCUAUCACAGUGUGCAACAAAAAUUCUCCAAUGCAGCAAAUGUUGGAAAUGCAGGAAGUCCAAAAUGAAUGUUGCAAAAAGCUGACUUUAGUUUCUAAUAUCUCUGGAUAUGCUUCAGACUUAAACAAAACUAGACAGAGAUUAUUACAAGAAGUUGACAAAAUAAAACAUUCAUAUAGUGUUGAUAAACAUAGUUUGGAUGUGAUAAAUGAGACUAACAAAUAUUCAGCAAUGAAUAUGAAGAAAAAUGAAGAUUUAGCAUUUGAUAAAACUGAGGAGGUCAAUUUGAUUCCUCAAAAAGAAGAAAUCUUUGAAUUGUCUGUUAAUACAAAAGUACAGAAUAAUAAACGAAAUACAAAAGAACAUAUGGGAAGCGAAAGUAAACUCUCUAACAAUAGUAUAAAUAUAUUACAAAGGCCACACCUCCCAAAAACAUUACCAUCUUACAUACCUUUAAGCAUGAAUGAAGAUGUGAAGGAUUUGUAAUGGAACUGUGAUAAGAACUUAAUGUAUGUAUUAAUUAUAUUUUUAUUAAGAUUAUUAUUUUAUAAACUACAGUAAGUCUUUCAUCUCUUGCCUUAGCCUCUUUGCUUCUGUAUAAGUGCAGCUGUAGUGCAUUUAAAUCAGCUGUAUACUACAGUAAUAGGUACCUCAACACAUCAUUACGGGUCAUGGGUAGGAUAGUUCAAAUUAUUUUGUGUGUAUACUAUAAUGAAUUUUCUUUACUUCAGCAGUUAUCUCUCACCAAGACAGGGUGGCCCAAAGAAGAAGAAAAUCAGUCCUUCAAUUCACUGUCUUGCCAGAUGUGUGCUGAUACCACCAUUCAGAUCAUCCUCCAGCUGCAACAUCUCCACUUCCCCUUGAUUGCAGACACUGCCCUUCACACCUCCAGAAUUCAAAUUCAGCUAACCUCUUUCUCUGACACUCCAACAGUACAUCCUUUAAAAACUACUUGUCUCAAUUUGCUUUUAUCUAACAUGUUCAUAAGCCUGCUGGAUGAUCAGGCCUCUUCAUCUCAAAACUUUUUAUCCCUUCCCUCCCUCCAUUCCUGGAAUGACCCCUACCCCUCCCACCUUUCACCCUCAAUUUAGACACUUUCCUUGAUGUACUAUAUCCCUCUUCAUUCUCUUUGUCCAAACCACCUCGGCAAUACCUCCUCAGCCCUCUGAAAUCAUACCCUUGAUUGAGAUUAAAAGGUGGAAAAGAAGGCUUUGAGUACUAGGUCCUAGCUGUGUGUGUAUUAGAUCUGAAUGAGUGGAGGCAAGUGGUUUUUGUGGCUUACUGUUGGAGUGUGAACAAGGUAACAUUUUUGAAGGAUUCAGGAAAACCUGUUAGUUGAACUUUGGUUCUGGUGGUGAGUAGUACAGUGCAUGCAUUCUGAAGAAGGGACGAAGCUGUUGCACAUUGGGGAAGGCCAUUUGAGCUGUGGUCUUUGCAUGCUUCUGGCAAGUGCAUGAUGUGAUAGUGGGUGUUUUUCCUCUUUUUUGGGUCAUCAUACCUUGGUGGCAGAUGGCCAGUCUGGUAGAAUCUCAAGUUGCACAUUCGAAGUUCACAUUUUAAAUAGAUCACCAUUGAAAUAUUGUAACCCAGUCCUAAUUUUGUGGGGAAAGUGACCAGGCAAAUGCUCAGUAAAGAUUUAAAAAAUAAGCUGGGAGACAGUAGAUGAUGACCAGUAGCUCGUAAUUACACACUUCUGUGCCUUUGUCAUGUACCUACUCUAGUUGUAUUUCUACAAUUGUUGAAUGUGUUGGUGAUUGACAGUAAAAAGUGAAAAAGUUAUUAAAUGAGAGAGUUGUGCAAAGAAGAUAUGAUCCUCAUUGUGGCAGUCAUGAAAAAAGUUCUGCAGGGAUAUGUAUGGCAGCCACAGCUUAUCAUAUUUAGCAGUAUCAGCUCUCCAUCAAUGGGAGAAGAGCUUGUGCAGCUCAUGAAGAUGUAGCCCUUAAUUAGCAACAACAACCCACUUUCCACACUAUUUUUUUUCCAGUACUACUACAUAUUUCUUUUACUUUCUCAAAUUCAUUUAUUAGUAUGUUAGUUUGGUAUAGGUAUGGAGAGUUCUUCAGUUUGAUACAGUUUGGUAAGGAAAAUGAGGCUUAUUACUAAUGUUGAUUGCAGAUGAUAGUGGUUGUAACAGAUACUGCCUUCCAUAUGAUUGUACAGGUAUUGUUUAGGGCUAUAGUUGCCCUUGCCACACAUUUCUGAAUUAACAGACAGGGGCAUCUACAAUGUACAAUAUGGAAAACCUUUAUUAUUUUUGAGAAAUUAUGAAAUUUAAUUUUGUCAUGGACAUAUCCCAGUUUUCCCAUGUAUCCUACAGUUCAAACAUCACUAUAUCACAUAGUUCAGGUGUUUGGUAACAUGCAUAAUAUGAGAUUUUACUUCGUGUGUGAGAGAGACCAUGUUUUGAGUGAGCAUUUUUUGUGUAAAUCAUUUUAAUUGAAUAGAAGUGAAAAUCUGUAAUAUUUUCCCUGUAAUACUGUAUAUUCUUCAUUUAGUUGCUGUUAUGCUCAGCACUCAUGUCAUUCAAAACUAGAUUGUUUCUAAUGUAAAUUUCAAUUUCACAGCUCUUAAGCUUUUAAAAAUUCUUAAUUUCUUCCUUUUCUUCUGUAUAUCUAAACCUAUCUUCAGUGUUUUCUUUUAAUUACCAUGCUUUAAAGAGUGGAAUAUAAGAAUAGAAAAGAUUAUCAAAAUAAACUGAAUUAAUGACAACAUGGAUAAGUUGUCAUUUCUAAAAAAUACUGUAGAUGCAGUAGUGAUGUAUACAGAGCCUUGGGGAUAUUGUGUUGGUGCAGAAUAUAAUGGCUGUGUUUCACAAGCAGUUAAUGAGCAGUAAUGUUGGUGUGUGAAGUAAAUUUUCUCCCUAAAAUAUGUAGUUUAAGUAAAAGUUUUGUAUGGAAAAUAAAAGUGCAUACAACACAACACAUCCAUGGACAUGUAUGUACACGAGUAAUAUGUACUUUGUCCCAGUCUCUUAGUGGUGCCAUAAAAAUUAUGUAUGUAGUGUGGAUCACAGUUGCAUAGUACAGUACUCUGAUUUCCUAAAGAAAACAAGUAAAGAUAAAAUAAUAAAAAAAAAAAUUGUAGAAUUUUGGAAGAAUUAAGAAAAGCAUUUGUCAGUUAAGGAAUGAAGUGGUGUAAGUGCUAUUAAGGAGGACAAAUAUUAAAAAAGUUGUUUUGUAGGCCAUUAUUGACUUAGCCAAAAAAAAGUCCUGAUCACUUUAAGCACACGCAUAUAUGACGAUCAUGUGUAACUUUGCAAGCGUCCUUUCAUAAGUGAAUUCACUUGACUCCUUUAUGUAUUCUGUAGCUCAGGGCCUUUUAAUCUACCACAGGCAAUGUCAUUCUCUGAAUUUUUCAGUACUAAUUUGUUCCUUGCUAGAUUACUGGCAGCAUUGUUGGGUUGUAUUAGUGACCAAUAUGCUGUUUUGUAUCAAACAACAGUUUGGCUAAUGGUUAUCUUCCCUUCAUCGCUAAUUGUUGUAGGAAACCAUACUUGUGUGCCUUGUAUUAGUCACGUCGGACUAGCCUGUACUUACGGAGGAGGAGUCUGGCACUACUCUGCAAGAGUUUUUAGGUCAUGCAGGAAACUCUGUUUUUGUCGAUUGCUCCAUUCAUCAAAAAGCACACGCACUUCAUUUUUGGCUCCUAUUAUAAUAUCCUGAUAUGCUGGUGAUGUCUCCUCUCUGAUGAUCCUAUCUUUAAUAUAGAUUCUUUCUUGAUUCUUUUAUUUAAUGUUGAUUUAUUACAUUGAAUGUGACCCCUCCCUUUGCCAUGAUAUUAGUCCAAACACCACCUAUGUGCCUUUACUGUCUUACUCAUCCUUACUGUGUUGCACUGAAUGACCCACAGGAACUUUGCACCUUUAACCCCCUGACUGUCACAACCCCAAAUCCUGUAAUAAUAAACAAUAUACCUGGUGUCGCAAAAUUUCCAAAAAGAAAAAAAAAUGUUUUUUCUUAUGAAAUGAUAGAGAAUCUUUUCCUGAUUGUAAUGACACAAAAAGAAUGAAAUUGAUGGAAAACUGACGGAAUUAUGCUCUCGUGAAGUUAGUGACCUUGGCGAUAUUUAUGAAUCGGCAAUUUCGCCCACUUUGAGUCCUAUUUUCGGCUAAUUCCAUUGUACCAGUCGACCAAACUCAUAGCUAUUUCUUUAGAACUCCAUUUUUUCUAUCGAUUGAAUACAAGAAACUGCCCAUUUACCAAUUUCAACUACCCAAUAACGUGGUCAGAAAUUUGCAAUUUGGCCAAUUUCACAAAAAUUAAAAAAUAUGAUAAUUUCAAAAUAGGGUCUAGAAUGAACAAUGGAGACAUUCCUGGCUCUAAAAUAACAUUUUCUUCAUUCAUCAGUCACGUCUCCAGGCCCCUCUGAUAUUACUCUUGCUUUCUAUUUUGAAUUUUUAUUCAAGCAAAAAAUAGAGGAUUUACUGUUAUGUAGACUACUGCAAUAUUGUAAUAAUUGUAUAAAUAAUGUCAACCCAUUCAUGACUGCAUAUUAGAAUGGCUACUUGGACAUUUAUUGGAAAAUGACAUCAUUUGUUUACUUUUGAACAUCGGCAAAAAUCAAACAUUUCCCCUACUUUGAGCUCCAUUUCAAGGUUCUUUUCAUAGUAAAACCAAUCAAAAUCACAUCUAUUUCUAUAAUAUAUUUUCCAUUCUAUCAAAUGAGACCAAGAAAACGAGAAUACAACCAUAAAUACUAUAUGAAAAUAGACCACAAAGUCAGUAUUUUAAUUAAAAAAAUGGUUGGAGUUUUUUUUUUCUCAUUAUGCACUGUGUGCUGCAGAAUUUUUUUUAUACGGUGCACACUGACCACACAGACCCAUUCUCUCACAUGUGGGCCCACCAGCUUUCUCCUGCUUGAUUUGAAGGUGCUAGAAUUUAUGAAUAUAUGUACGUCAAAAACGGUGGCUCAUAAGACAUAUAUAUACGACCAAAUCAGUCAAAGGGUUAAUAAAUAAUAUAAUUCUUAUCUUUUCUGCCAUGCACUGCAUUGUAUAGCUGUUACCCUUGACUUGCUUAGCACCCUUCAUUGUUAUUUUUAUUAUUACUAGUACACCUACCAUCCGACUUACGACCUGCUCGACUUACGACCACUCGACUUACGACCGUGUUUUUUAUGCCAAAUUUCUGGGAAAUAAACAACUAUUUGUGUUGUACACAGUGUUUAUCCUAAACCUUACAGUAUAAAAUACUGUACUAACAACAUAAAAAGUAAAGUAAAACAUGAAAUACCAAAAUACUGUAAAACAAUAAAAUAAAGUCAUUACAAAUAUGUUUUGUUGAUAUUCAGUAGUAAAGUUCGACUUACGACCAUUUCGACUUACGACCGGUUUCUCGGAACCGAACUCGGUCGUAAGUCGGAUGGUAGGUGUACUAGUAAUUGUAUUAGUAAUAGUACAGUCAGCCCCCCAAAAAAUUGGAAAUAAUGUUAAAGCAUAAAAUACAAAUGGUUUAAGAAUCUUUAUUAGGGAGGAACUUAGGAAAUACAAAUCAACAUCAUCUAGUCAUUUGAGUUUUUGCUUUCAUUAGUUUUUUAAUUCUUUAAUUGAUACAUGAUCAGUGACAAACUUUUCUUCUUUACACAGCCCUUGUGGCUUAGCGCUUCUUUUUGAUUAUAAUAAUAAUAAUAAUCUUCUUUACACAACAGCUACAGUGGAACCUCGGCUUAUGAGUUUAAUCCAUUACGUGACCUUGCUCAUAUCCCAAUCUGAUCUGCUCGUAUGCUGCGUCAAUUUUCCUCAUUUAAAUUUAUUGAAAUGCCAUUAAUCUGUUCCAGUGGAAUUUCUGCUCUCAGGAGGCAGGAAUAUAACGCUAAUAUCAACUCGACGGCUUAUUUAUCUAUCACAGUUCAUCUAAUAUGAUAUAAUAAACAAUGUAAAUAACAUAGAAACGUGAUACAUGUAUAUUCUGUAGAAUGAAUAAAAGUCAUUAUGUGACAAGUGGUGGCGGCCAUUCCCUACCUCAAACGGCCGCCUUGUUGUGGGUCAGCAGGGGAGACCUCCUGCCAUCCCUUGACAGACACCACCAUCCCAGCUUACUGUUCAGUUCCACUUCUCUCUCUCGUAUCUGCCAAGCUGUCAUGACACCCAGUAGGCAUACCAGUGUUGCUGAAUGACUUACUGACUUGACUUAAUCGUGUACUGACUUACUGACUAAAUGACUUGACUGACUGAUUUACUGAAUGACUUAAAGUUAGACUUUUUCACUUAGCCCUUUCAGGGUUUCAGCCAUACUAGUACGGCUUAUGCCCCAGGGUUUUUGACGUACUAGUACGCCUAAAUUCUAGCGCCCUCAAUCUAGUGAGAGAAAGCUGGUAGACCUACAUAUGAAAGAAUGGGUCUAUGUGAUCAGUGUGCACAGUAUAAAAAAAAUCCUCCAGCACACAGUGCAUAAUGUAAAAAAAAAACUGACCGUGUUUUUGGAUUAAAACAACAAGUUUGCACUGCAUUUUCGUAUGGUAUUUAUGGCUGUAUUCUAGGUUUCCUGGUCUCAUUUUAUAGAAAGGAAGACAUAUUACAGAAAUUGAGAUGAUUUUGACUGAUUUUACAAUUAAAAGUACUUUGAAAUUGAGCUCAAAGUAGCAGAAAUGUUCUAUUUUUACUAAAGUUCAAAAGUAAACAAAUCAUGCCAAGCGUCCAAUACACGUCAACUGGUGAGUCUAAUAUUCUUUCACAAGUGCGCUGAUAUUAUUUAUACCAUUUCUACACAAAUGCAGUAGUCUGCAUAACAGUAAAUCUUCUAUUUUUUGUAAGAAUAAAAAUUCAAAGUGGAAAGCCAAAGAAAUAUAAGAGGGGACUGGGGAUGUGAAUAACGAACAGAGAACUUGUUAUUUUAGUGCCAGGAAUGUCUUUCUUGUUUAUUCUGGAUCCUAUUCAGAAAUUGGCAUCUUUUGAAGUUUUUGUGAAAUUGACAAAAUUGCUAAAUUCUGACCACAUUAUUGGAUAGUUGAAAUCGGUAAAUGGGUGGUUUCUUGUACUCAUUCGAUAGAAAAAAAUGGAGUUCUAGUGAAAUAGUUAUGAUUUUUGUCGACUAGUACACUGGAAUUGGCUGAAAAUAGAGCUCAAAGUGGGCAAAAUUGCCGAUGCGCAAAUAUCGUCGAGACCGCUAAAUUUGCGAGGGCAUAAUUCCGUAAGUUUUCCAUCAGAUUUCAUACUUUUGGUGUCAUUAUGAUCGGGAAAAGAUUCUCUAUCUUUUCAUAAGAAAAAAAAAAAUUUUUUUUUUUUUUUUUUGGAAAGUUGGGCGACCCAGAGAACAAGUCUCGGAGAGGGCCUGGCGACCCUGAAAGGAUUAAGAGGACCUUGAAAUGGUGUCUAGAGCAGCUGAUGCCUUACCAUCAGUUGUAUAAUGUACUGCAGGGUAAAAUAGAACAGAAAUCCAUUACAGAAAAAAAACAUACCACGGGUGGGGUUAUGGUUUGUUUGCAAUCGUGUCAUUACAAUUUCAUGAGUCAUCCAUUACAGAAUUUAUGGACACUCCAAUUAAACCAUUGACUUCAGUACCAGAACCUCUACCAUCCACCUCAGCCCAGUAGGGCCACAGCAUAACUCUCCACUCUAUUCACAGUCAUCAAUAAACACCAGCGCUCACAAUUUAAGAUAAUAAAUACAAUUAUAUUUCUGUUGCAGUUAUAGUCUUAAGCAGUAAAAACAUAAUACAUCACAACAGUGAAGUACAAUUAUAUAUUCACUUAUACUUUUGUAAGAUCUGGAGGUAUUAAAAAAAGUUGUUUGAGGGGGAAGCUCGCAUCCUGAAUUUUUGCUGAAUUUUUUGCUCGUAUCCAGAAACAAAAAAUCAACUGAGCGACUUUUCCCAUCUUGAAAAACUCAUAUGUUGGGGUACUCAUAAGCUGAGGUUCCACUGUAAUUUUUUUUUUUUUUUUUUUUUAAGUGUAGCAUUAGCACUAGUAGUUAUAGCAUUAUCUUAUCUAGUACUAUAGUAGCAGUAGUAGAUGAGAUAAUGCUAUAACUGCUAGAAUUAGUUCUACAGUGGAACCCCGCCUUACAAUAUUAAUUUGUUCCUGAGAGCUCAUCGUAAGUUGAAAUUAUCGUUAGCUGAAUUAAUUUUCCCCAUAAGAAAUAAUGGAAAUCAAAUUAAUCCGUUCCUGACACCCCAAAGUAUGAAAAAAAAAAAAAUUUUUACCACAUGAAAUAUUAAUUUUAAUACAAACUGAAGAAGACAUGCACAAUUACUACUAUACUAAGAAUAGAAUACAUGACACUUACCUUUAUUGAAGAUCUGGUGAUGAUUGAUGGGAUGGGAGGAGAGGAGAGUGUGGAAGUUACUGUUUAAAAGGGGAAUCCCCUUCCAUUAGGACUUGAGGUAGCAAGUCCUUUUCCAGGGUUACUUCCCUUCUUCUUUUAAUGCCACUAGGACCAGCUUGAGAGUCACUGGACCUCUGUCACACAACAAAUCUGUCCAUAGAGCUCUGUACUUCCCAUUCUUUUAAGACUUUCCUAAAAUGGGCCAUAACACUGUCAUUGUACAGGUUGCCAACACGGCUUGCAGUAGUUGUGUCAGGGUGAUUUUCGUCCGUAAAGGUUUGCAGUUCAACCCACUUUGCACACAUUUCCUUAAUCUCUUUUUUCAAUUCCAUACUAAUUCUUGCCCUUUUUACCACAGGGAUGGCACUAGAAGCUUUCUUGGGGUCCAUGGUGACUUAUUUUGCAGUUCUUUCUUCUUUCUGAUAAUGUGAAUGUAUGCGAAGAUGCGACCGCACUGGCUGGCUUGUAAACACUGGCGCAGAGGCCACACAUGGGACGCAUCCCGGACAAAUCACGUAAGGCGAGUUUUUUAUCGUGAGGCGAGGCAAAAUUUUUGCGUUCAAAUGCUUUGUAUGGCGGAUUUAACGUAACGCAAUGCGUUCGUAAGGCGGGGGUCCACUGUACUAGUAAUAGUACUAAUCGUAGUACAGUACUACUAUUAUUAGUAGUACUUCUGUUACUAUUUCUAUUGACUAGUACUAAUACUCUGAGGGAUCUGCCAAAGAAAACAGGAUGCCAGUGAGAAUAUCAGUCCAUGUAUAGUGGUUGCCAGACAGUUCCUCACUUCUUUAGAUAGUGUUUAACCUAAAAAAAAAAAAAAAUUGCUGUACAAAAACUAUAAUGUUCAUAUGUUCAUUUUUAGUUUUUUUAUGAAAUUUCUUAUAUGCUGCUGGAUACCUUAUUGAAAAUUAGUUCAUAGCUUGUUCAAAAUGUUUGCUAAAAUUUAUAUCUACACCAUAACCUGUGAUAAGAAGUCCACCAGCGAGUAACUCUUGUUAAUAGGUUUAAGAAACUGGAUUUAUGUAUGUUUAUUAUGGCAUUUUAAAGAUUUAGAGAAUAAAUAUAUUCUGAACAUUUCGAAGUACAGUAAACUGAUUACAAUAGUAACAUAACUCACUGUUACUAUAAUGUACAAUAUAUGUUACUGAGUAUUCAUGAAAAAUGCUACAGUAGAAUAUAAUGCAGAAUCACCAUACCAUAUAAGAUGGAACAAUGAACAAAUAUGGUGCCCACAUAAAUUUUAGAAAUAGUAUUUAAAAUAGAUGCUCUUUUUUACUCAUGAACAAUAAUAAAUAUUUUAUACUGUAUCUAGAAAGGCAGUGGGAUAAGAAAGGACAUUGAGGUGCAUGCCUCUGCUACAGUUAUUAAAGUCUACAUUAGUUUUGCCCAUUGAAUAAACUGCAACCAAGGUAAGCAAGAUUUAUAACUGGUCAUUUACUUGUGUAAGUUUUUUAUGCUAAUAUGUUGACUCUUUUUAAUAAAAAAUAGUUUGCUAA